AGUGGCUCGACCCUACAACACGGAAGUUAUUAUGUUGUGGAAAAAAUACAUGUGGAUGCAAGUGAAUUUAUACAUGUGAGGAACUAACCAUGGCUCAAACACAAAACAAUAUCAAGAAAACCUCUUCUACAGAUUUAUUGGCCUGUGGCAACGGAAAAGGAAUCCAUGAGAAGCUUCUGCUGAACUCUAAAAGUGCUUCAGUGCAGACAGAAAGGGUCCCCAGAAGUAGUGUCUUGGACAGACUGCAAAGUUUCCUUCCCCAAAUCGCCCAAGCUAAUGAGUCUCUAAGACAACAGAUAGACGAGGCUCCUGCUGGUUUCUUUGACAUUGAGAGUGUGGAGGACACAGAGAAAAUCAUUGAGAUGGACGUGGCUCUGGUUGAACUGGAGGAUUCAGACAGCAGUGAAGAGGAUGAGUCGUCGUCAUCGUCGUCAUCAGAGGAAGACAGCUCAGAGGACGAGGUGCAAACUGUCACUGCAAAGACACUCAAACUUCCAGGUGACAGAAAGAGAAAGGCCAACAUCCAGGUGAUGGAGAAAGAGGGCGAGUAAGAGAACACAUGCUGCCAACUGGAACUCUGGACUCACGCCAGGCCAUUUUUGUGCCUAUUAAAGAAAUAUAUAACCCUUCCAAGUUUGUUGUUGUUUGGAAUGAGCACAGACCAGUGAUUUUAUUUCCUGGUGAGCUGGCGGACUGACAUUUCAUGUUCUUUGGAGAUAUUUUUAUCCAAAAGGUGAUUAAAGGAAUAGUUCACUGAAAAAAUGAAUAUUUGCUGAAAAUGUACUCAUCCUCAGGCCAUCCAAGAUGAGUUUGUUUCAUCAUCGUAACAAAUUUGGAGAAAUGUAGCAUUAUAUCUCUUGCUCACCAAAAAAUGCAACGUCUUAAUGAUGGAUUUGUUUAUUAUAAACAUGCAACUUUUUUGCUUCACAAGAGAUUGAUUGAUGGAUUGGAGUCAUGUGGAUUAUUGUGAUGUUUUUAUCAGCUGUUUGGACUCUCAUUCUGACGGCACCCAUUCACUGCAGUGGAUCUAUUGGUGAGCAAGUGAUUUGAUGCUAAAUUUCUCCAAAUCUUUUCUGAUGAAGAACCAAACUCAUAUGAGAGGGUGAGUACAUUUUCAGCAAAUGUUUAUUUUUGGGGAGACUAAAAGUCACUCUUUUGUGUUAUCUCAGUUGAGUAUACUUGGAAAAAUGGAUUGUAUUCUGGCAUUAACUAUAUUAAAAGUUCAAUGUUUCAAUCAAGAAAAACAAAGUUUUUUUUCAAUUUACAUUCUUUAUUGUAAAAAUGGUUUCCCGACAUUUUGUUUGUAGUUGUUAUAAAGUUGAAAUACUGUUGUGUGUAAUGACUGUUUGGCAAUAUGACACUUCCAAUGUGACUGACAACUUAUACAGAACCUAAAAUACUCAUAUAUUAACAUCUUCAUAUGAUAACAUUUCAUCUUUUGUCAAAUGCAUGUCAUUGCUCGAAGUGUUCAUGCAUAACAAAAGCAUCAUGAAUCUUCAGUGAACAUUCGACAACAGAUAUUUUCAGUCAUUUUAACAAGAAUGUGGCAAUGCUUCACAUUGCAUUGAAUUCAAGAGUAAGUUACUAUUACCUAUUUUCCCAUCAAGCAUGUCCAAUAUUUUUGAACAAAAUAAAUAACUUCCUUUUAAAAAGAA